AUGAGCAUUUCAAAUUAAUAGCUUGUUUUUUAACAAAUUAAGACAUAUCAGUUUGAAUUGAUUUAUUUUGUUUCAUUAAAUAAAAUUAAGUUUUGCAACUAUACUGAAUUUUCAUAUAUAAAUUAACUUUUGUUAGUAUAAAUAUAAAUAACAUGUCAAUUUUAUUGUUAUUUUUAAUAUAUAUAAUUAUAAUUGAAUAAAGUAUUUAAAAAAUAUACAAGCCACACAUUUAAAUUAUUCUUAAUUAACUUUUAGAAUAUUUUCUAAUUUAAAUAAUAUAAAUAUAUUAAUGGAUACGCCAUAAGAAUUGUAAUUGUUUAAGAGUAAACAAAAAAUCUAAAUUUAUUAGUUAUUUUGGUUGGUGAUUCAAAGGUUGGAAAAACUGAAAUAGUUAAUAGGUGAACAUUCAUAUUAUAAAAAGAUUUGUAAGAGGAUGUUUAGCUAAACAAUCACAUCCAACCAUAGGCGUUGAGUUCGCCACAAAAAUAAUUACCUUAUCAGAAAAUGAGUAAAUAAAACUAUAGAUUUGGGAUACAGCAGGUUAGGAACGUUAUAGAUCAAUAACUAGUUGGUAUUAAAUAACAGUUAUAAGAGUCAUUAUCGAAAAUCCUUAGGAGCAAUUUUAGUUUAUGAUAUUACUAAUGAGUAAACAUUUGAAAGCUUAGGUAAAUGGAUAGCAGAUAUCAAAUCUUAAACUGAAGAAAAUCUAGUUAUUAUGAUUAUUGGAAAUAAAAAAGAAUUAGUUGAUAAAAAUGAAGAUCAAAGGUUGAUAAAUAUUAUAAUAAAUCAUUUUAGAAAAGUAUCUUCAGGUUAUGCUUCAGACUUUGCUUAAUAGAACAAUUUAUUGUAUGAAGAAGUAAGUGCUUAUUCUGGCGAGAAUAUUGAAAAUAGUUUUAUUCGAUUAGCAUAAGGUAUGUUAAUACAAAAUUUUUAGAAAUCAUUAAAUAGAAAAGUUAAAAGCCAGUAGAGAAACCAGAGAAUGCUAAGGAAGCGAAGCAAAUGUAAUGA